CACUGCCUUUACUUGUGCUUAAAUUUUUCCUUAAUUACUCUAACCACUACAGCCAUGUCCCUCCUAAUUAUGUUAAUCACAAUAAUUAACUAGAAGAAGGGGGAGAAAAUGGAGAUGUAUAUAAUAAAGUCCUGCACUGAGCUGAAACAGCUUUGCCUUUGAAGGAGUAAUAAUUUUUUUUUUUUAGUGCAUAGUGGGUGUGCGGAAUAAGAUGAUGAUGAAGGCUGCUCCUUCAAAGGCUCUGGUUAUCAGAAUCAACCUGGUUUUCCUUGCUUUCUUCUUGGUUAUCUAUGCUGCCCUUCUUCUCCGGCCGUCCUCCUCUGUCUACCAAGAGAAUGCUGCAUCGCUGGUUCGGUGCUCGUUGCGCGAAUGCCAUCACAAGGAGGAGAAUGGCAUCAAGAUGAAGGCAGUGUUGGAAGAGAGACAAGCGGAUGAGUGGGAGCCAAAAAGGAACAUGACAAAGAGAGAAAAGCCAAGCUUCAUGAAUGAAAUGGGGAGGGGGAUGAAGAUUGGAAUGGUGAAUAUGGAAGAAGAGGACGUGAGAGAAUGGACAGUUCAUGGAGAAACCAUACCAGUCCAUUUUGAUCGAGUUUCGGAGUUUUUCGAAUGGAAGGACUUGUUUCCAGAGUGGAUAGAUGAGGAAGAAGAGAUCGAUGGGCCGGCUUGCCCCGAGAUACCGAUGCCAGAGUUUAAGAGAUAUCGAGAAAUGGACAUGAUAGUGGCGAAGCUGCCAUGCAAGUUCCCGGAAGAGGGGUGGGGAAGGGAGGUGUUGAGGCUGCAAGUACACCUGGUGGCGGCCAACUUGGCGGUGAAGAAAGGGAGGAGAGGUUGGGGAGGGAGGACUAAAGUGGUGGUUCUGAGCAAGUGUAGGCCGAUGAUGGAAAUGUUCCGGUGCGAUGACAUGGUGGCCCGGGAAGGGGAUUGGUGGUUUUUCCGGCCGGAGAUGGGGAAGUUGGAGCAGAAGGUCUCCUUGCCUGUUGGGUCGUGCAAGUUGGCUUUGCCUCUCUGGGACAAAGGCAUAGAUGAAACCUACGAUGCCUCAAAAAUCCGCAGCCACACGAAGAAGACGGCCAGACGAGAAGCCUACGCCACCGUAAUCCACUCCUCCGAAUCCUACGUAUGCGGCGCCAUAACCCUGGCCCAGAGCCUCCGGCAAGCCGGCACGACCCGCGAUCUCAUCCUCCUCAUGGACAACCACUCCAUCUCCGACCCGAAGCGCGCCGCCCUCGCAGCCGCCGGCUGGCAGAUCCGCUUCAUCAAGCGCAUCCGCAACCCCCGCGCCCAGAAGAAAACGUACAACGAGUACAACUACAGCAAGUUCCGCCUCUGGCAGCUCACCGACUACGACAAGAUCGUCUUCAUCGACUCCGACAUUAUCGUCCUCCGCAACCUCGACAUCCUCUUCCGGUUCCCCCAGAUAUCGGCCACAGGCAACGACGCCUCCAUCUUCAACUCCGGCAUCAUGGUCAUCGAGCCCUCCAAGUGCACCUUCCGCAUCCUCAUGGACCUCCGCAACGACGUCGUCUCCUACAACGGCGGCGACCAGGGGUUCCUAAACGAGGUCUUCUUCUGGUGGCACCGCCUGCCGCGGCGGGUCAACUUUUUGAAGAACUUCUGGUCAAACUCCACGGUGGAGGCGGGGCUCAAGAACCAGCUGUUCGGGUCGGACCCUCCGAAGCUCUACUCCAUCCACUACAUCGGGUUGAAGCCAUGGCUGUGCUACAGGGACUACGACUGCAACUGGGACAUCGGGGACCAGAGGGUAUACGCCAGCGAAGUGGCGCACAAGCGGUGGUGGAAGGUUCACGACGCCAUGGACGAUGGAUUGCAGAAGUUCUGUGCGCUGACGCCGAGGAGGAAGUUUGAGCUGGAGUGGAAUAGGAAGAAGGCCAGGGAGGCGGGUUUGCCCGGCGACUAUUGGAAGAUCAACGUUACGGAUCCUAGACGGUUGGUUUGAUCUGCAUGCAUGCAUGCGUACGUGCAUUUGUUUCUUUUGUUCUUUUCAUUUUUUUUCCAAAAGUUUUCUGCUUUUGUUUAUUUUUUAUUUGUUGCACAGGAAAAGAGAAGAGCUAUAUUGGAAUAUGUCAUUCACAUAAUUUAUGUGUGAAUAUGUGGUUACACGUACAUGCAGAAUAUUUUGAAUUGGCAGUGUCAAA